GACAAACAAUACAAAACCUAAUGAGGACCAAUUAACAAGCACAAUUAAUUUGCUUACUAACCAAGUUAAAUCUAUGCAAUUUGAAAUUAAUUGUAAAUUUGAGGCUUUGAAUACACAAAUGAAGGUUCUUAAAUUGGGCCAUUUGCGGAUUGAUAUUUGCGGACAUUUGCUGAAUUUUUAUUUUCCUAUAAUGAGUUGGGUAUCGGUUCAUGGAAAUUUUUCGGUUAUCCGAAACUGAACCGAAAAUUCUCGGUUCGGUCUAGAAUCGACAACCUUAAUAAUGAGCUGACGUUAAACACUCAAAUACAUAAUUUUUGACAAAAAAGAUAGUAACCCAAAUUACUUGCACACAUUAUGAUACCAUUAUGGGCUGAAUAGACUAUGUACCUAUAUAAUAAGGAUAAUAAGUAUCACCUAUGUAUAUAAUAAGUGAUAAAUUAACUUAAUUUAUAUCGCUUAAUCCUCCCUAGCCAAUGGUAGCCCCGUGUCUGCAACUAUCUUCCGCAAAUGAAUUGUUUUUUGAAUUUAAAAAUUUAUUUUAUAAAAUUUAAGACAGAAAUUGUUAAAUUUAAAAAUGAUAUCAAGGCUGAAAAUGAAAAAGGCAUAAAAGAAGUUAAUGAAGAAACUGAUAAGAUUAAUAAAGAUUUUGAUGCCUUAAAGAGGGAACUUGUUGUAGUUAAGUUUUAUGUUGGGGGGAUGUUUUUUGCUUUUAUUGGAGGGUGCUGUAUUAUUUUUAUUGCAAUCCUGGAACUUUUAAAUCGUAUUGCCAAAGAGCGGAAAUAAGUUUUGUUGAUUAUAAGAAGAAAUGAAGGAAGUUUAAAUUUUGGAAAAUCUUGUU